CACUUGAGAGCGAGACGCGCGCAUAACGGUCCUCACUCAAAGGACUGACUGCAUCUUCAAAAAAAUAUUAUGGAAUGCCAUUGAUCUCUCCCACUGAAACAAACAUGGGAAGAAAAGCUUGAGACAAGAAGUGGAGUUCGGUAGCAAUACACGCCAUGGCUGCCCAUCGCAUUCGAUCAGCGAACAGCAACGCUGUGCUCCCUCGCUGCAGAUCUGAGGGUGCUCUCAUCGAUCUCAGUGAAGGAGUGUCAGAGGCCACCCUUACAGAUGUUAAAGGGCCUUCACCUAGUGCCUUGCGACUGGAUACUACUGCCUCAUUUGGAGCUGUCAGGGAAGUGAUUGCCAUUAAGGAUUACUGUCCGUCCAGCUUUACCACACUCAAGUUCUCAAAGGGAGACUGUCUUUAUGUUAUAGACACAUCGGGUGGAGAGUGGUGGUAUGCACACAACAGCAAAGAGAUGGGAUACAUCCCAGCUGCUUACGUCCAUCCGAUCAAUUAUCGAGAUUCCACGUUCAGUGAUAGCGGCAUGAUUGACAGCCUAAGUGACGUUUCUGAGGGAGUGAAAGAAAUGGAUAUCUCUGGAGAGUGGACGGGGUCUGCCAAAACCACAGAAUCUAGAAAUGACAAUCCUUUUGUUAAUAAACGUAUGUCAACUAACCCUUUCCUAAAUGACAUGCUGCAAGGCACCCCUGACCAAAACAGCAACCAGAAUUCAGCAAAGGCUUUGUGUUUUGGUAAUCUCUCACCUCCCAUCUCAAACACCAGCAGCACUAUUAAUAUUAAUGUUUUUGAAAGUGGGCUGUGUGACACAAAAAGUAUUAGCCCUGGCUCAGGAAUUGGCCCAAAUUUUCGCAGAGACAAUCCGUUUUUUAGAAGCAAGCGCUGCUACAGCAUGUCAGAACUGUCUGUCCUACAGUCCCUGUCUGAUGGGAAUCAAGGUUCUUUUAGUUUUUUUGGUGGCAUGAAGUCACCUAAACCUGAGCAUUAUCAAAGUAGAGAGGAUUUCAAAACAGCAUGGCUAAAUCACCGUAAACUUACACGAUCCUGCCAUGACCUGGACUCCAUUGGACAAAACCCAGGUUGGGGCCAAACCCAGCCAAUAGAGACCAACAUUGUAUGCAAUCUGGACAGUUCUGGUGGUGCCGUGGAGCUGCCAAAUACCAGUAUCAGUAUACAUAUUCCUGAGGGUCACGUUGCACCGGGUGAGACUCAACAGAUAUCACUGAAAGCCCUUCUGGACCCACCGUUGGAGCUUAACAACGAUAGAUGUACUACCGUAAGUCCAGUGGUAGAAGUAAAACUCAGUAACAUGGAAACCAAGACCCCAGUCACUUUAGAGAUGAAGGUGUCUGUUGUAGUGAAGAUAGAGAGCCGCAAAACCACAGAGGUGGUGUGUGUGAGAAGCGACUUCAAGGAAGGUCCGUAUGUCCCGAUUCCACAUGUAUACAUGUAUGGAGACACAGUUCAAGUGACUCUGGACAAUUUAGAGCCUUGCAUGUAUGUCUCUGUAGUUGCCCAAGCACAAACAGUGGCCCCAUACAACACAGUCUGGGAACAUGUCGUAAAAAAGGUCACUCUUGGGGUAUACGGGCCAAAGCACAUCCACCCGUCCUUCAAGACAGUGGUGGCCAUUUUUGGCCAUGACUGUGCCCCAAAGACGUUGCUAGUGAGUGACGCGAAAAAGCACUCACAGUCAACUCUACCUGUCAUCCUCCAACUCUGGGGAAAGCACCAGUUUGUAUUAACAAAACCUCAAGACCUUCAGGUUGGCGUGUAUUCAAACAUGUCCAAUUUUGAACUGAGAGCCAAUGAACAGGCAAGAACCGUGAGGGGAUUUCAGAUCAAACUUGGCAAAGUGGCCCGCCUCAUCUACAUGAUCGCAGCACGCGAUUCAACUGACAUUUCAGACUUUACUUUGCGUAUUCAGGUCAAGGAUGAUAAGGACUGUAUCUUGGCCCAGUUUUGCGUUCAGACCCCAACCCCACCACCAAAAACAAGCACAAGAAGCUCCGUUCAAAGGCGCUUCCUCAAGAAAAAGGAAGUGAACAAAAUCAUACUGUCUCCUCUUGCAGCGACCGCAAAGUGCCCUGUGUUUCAGGACAGACUAGUCAAAAACCAAAAAUUUGCUAAGUUUCUGAAAACUGUUGUAAGACAGUCCAAAGGUCUGUAUUUGCUAGAGUAUCUUAAAGGCGAUGUAGUGGCCCUUUUGAGUGAAGAAAAAAUAAAACUUAAAGGACAUCUAUGGACCAAAGAGUGGUACAUCGGAUACUACAAUGGAAGAAUUGGGUUGGUGCAUGCAAAAAACAUUCUAAUCAUGGGAAAAGUUAAACCUGUUAAUUUCAAAGGGCCUGAUCUUACAACUACAAUCCUUUUAGAGCAGAUCCUAAAGCCCUGCAUGUGUCUGACGUAUGUCUAUGCAUCUGUGCGGACAAUACUGAUGGAAAACGUGGCGAGUUGGAGAGUGUUUGCUGACGCUUUGGACUACGUAAAUCUGCCUCUGACACAUUUCUGUCGGACAGAGGCAGAAAGUGAGCCUGAAAAAGUGGCUUCUGUUCUUGAGAAGCUCAAGGAAGACUGCAACGCAGCUGAGGGCAAGGAGAGGAAGUCUUUCCAGAAGGAACUCAUGAAGGCUCUUCUGAAGAUGGACUGUCAGGGCCUGGUGGCACGGCUGGUCAUGGACUUUGUGCUGUUGACUACAGCGGUGGAGGUGGCGGGUCGCUGGAGGGAGCUUGCUGAGAGACUGGCUAAAGUGUCCCGGCAGCAGAUGGAAGCGUAUGAAGCUCCACACAGAGACAGCAGGGGACAACUGGACAGUGAGGCCAUGUGGAAACCUGCCUAUGACUUCCUGGUCACGUGGGCAGCCCAGAUUGGGGACAGUUACAGGGAUGUGAUUCAAGAACUUCACACUGGAUUGGACAAAAUGAAGAACCCUAUUACCAAGCGCUGGAGGCACAUCACAGGCUCCCUCAUCCUUGUCAACUGUCUGGAUCUUCUACGGAGCUCCGCUUUCAGCCCCUGCUCUCAAGAUGACUGCGCCAUAUAAAGACUGCUUACAUCGCCUGACGUUUACAAGACCCAGACAGACCUGAUUUCAAUUUUAUUCAUUGUGUUGUUUUUAAUAUUCUUAAAAGCACUUAUAUGUUUGCACAAUAGAUUUGUUGCACAGUAAAUUGUACAUUGAACCAAAUUACUGAAAAGUGUAGGCCUAUUGCUGAUGUUUUAAUACAAGCAAAGGUCUCUAUCUCAUGUAAAACUUUAAUGUAAAAUAAGAUAUGAUUGUUCAGAUUUUUUAUUCAUUGCAUAUCAUCAUGAUUUUAUACUUAUACUAAAUUUUGCACAAAAGAUACACUUUUACAUACUUCUACAUUUUUCACUAAUACUGUAACAAUCGUACUCUUUUAUGUUUUGCGAUGCCAACACUGUAUGCUAAACUGCCUGUUUUACUUUGCUCUAAGUGUCUAUUGUUUAUGUUGUUUAGUUUUAAGUCGCCUGAUGUUUUUAUAAGUGAAAGUAAAUGUUAGGAUGAAAAGUAAAAUGGAAAAAUAAAACAUUAUCAGCUUAAUAAAGAUAUACACCACAUAAUAAAGUAAUGGGAUCACUUUAGUCCACUUGUAAAUAAAACGUAAAACUCAAACUCUUCCAUCAGCACAUGUUGGCCUAUAACUAAAUCAUCUAGUCAUCAGUUUACAGAUAUUAAAAGAUUUACUCACCAUUAAUUUGGGACGCUGGAGGCGGAACAUUUGCCUUUUGACCAUUUUAGUGUGUGUUGUUAUUUAAACGUCUCCGCUUUGUUAAUAAGUUCCGUAUAAACUCCGUUUAUACAUUUGGAACACUCGUUGUAUUGCAAUAGUAAUGUAACUUUCAUUUAUGGCGCACAAUUUUAAAUUUACAGUUCAAGGAUUUCAACUACAAGGUGCAGCGGAAGUCGAAACGUUUUUGCGCGUGCUGCUAUCCCGCCUUCAGGUGCGUACGAAUUAAAGCUGCCGCGGAGUUUGGUGUGUCUUGAUAAGAAUGUUGGCCUACUAUCAAAGAUUUCUGAUUAAAUGACGAGUGAUUCUUGUUUGAUAUUGAUGUCAUCGUAAAUGGCUUUAAUUUGUGCAGAAUAUACGAAGAUAGCAGAAAAACUGUUAUUUAAAAAAGUCCAUUUGAUUGUUAUGAUAAUUCCAAACAGCACUGUUUUCCCCCCAAAAUGCACAUUAUAUUCAUAAGAUUUAGUUUGAUGUUCCAAGGGAUGGUCCAUGU